AUGUUUAAGUUCCAGAUUAAGUCUUGGAUGCUGAGACCAAGAGAACAGACUAAACAGAAAAGCUUGAAACAGAUUCCAACAAUGAAAGAUAAAUGGGAGGCUCAAAAAUUUGGUGAAGAACUUAGUAACUACCAAGUGCCAGACACUAAAAAACGCAUUGAUACACAGAAGAUACCAGACAACAUGACAAGUCAAUUAGAUGAAGCUAGUAUAUCUUCAAGUGGAAGUACUGUCACCAAUGUAUCAACCUCAUUGGGAAAAGCUGAAACAGAUCGCAGUGCUUUACUCAAUGAAAUCAGGAUAGGAACAAGAUUGAAGAAGUUAAAUAGAUUAGAAGAAAAGGAAGAAAAGAAGAAGAUGCCAUCAGGAAGAUUAGAUGUACAAGCUAUUAUGGAUAAAGCAUUUGAAAUGAGAAGGCGUGUUAUAGAAGAUAGUGAAAGUGAGGAGGAAAAUGACUCUGAUGAAAAUGAAUGGUAG